ACGUCAUGAUAUCAUGUAAGUUUGAAGUUAAUAUUUUUAAAUAUCCGUACCUACUCAGUUGUAGCUAUAAACAUAAAAAUUGUAUUCAUUCUUCAACUUUGCAUCGCUCAUCGCUUACACAAYCAGAUUAUAAACGACUUUAGUUCGGUUGACAUUUCAAAAUUCAAAAGUAAUUAGUGCACUGUGACAAAAUGGCUUGCAGAAAUGUCAAUGUUCACAAUUUUUCAAAACUUGUUAGAUAUUUUUCACAAAAAACUACUGAACAAGAAACAAAAGUUGCUUCCAGAAUGGGAUUUUUAAAAGGUAAACCAUUGUACUUAGAUGCACAAGCCACAACCCCCCUGGAUCCUAGAGUUUUGGAUGCUAUGAUGCCCUACAUGACACAUAGUUAUGGAAACCCACAUUCUCGUACACAUAUGUAUGGUUGGGAAAGUGAAGAAGCUGUGGAAACAGCUAGACAGCAUAUAUCAGAUUUGAUAGGUGCUAAUCCCAAAGAAAUAAUAUUCACAUCUGGAGCAACAGAAUCUAAUAAUUUAGCCAUUAAAGGAAUUGCUCAUUUUUAUGGAGCUAAGAAACGACAUAUUAUUACUACACAAACGGAACAUAAAUGUGUUUUAGAUUCUUGUCGUGCUUUGGAAGGUGAAGGUUUUGAAAUUACAUAUUUACCAGUUUGUUCAAAGGGUAUAAUUUCCCUUGAUGAAUUAGAAUCUGCUAUGCGCCCUGAUACUGCACUUGUUUCUAUAAUGGCUGUAAAUAAUGAAAUUGGAGUAAAACAGCCAAUCAAAGAAAUAGGAGCUUUAUGCAAGUCAAAAAAAGUUUUUUUCCAUACUGAUGCAGCUCAAGCUGUUGGUAAAAUUACUGUUGAUGUUAAUGAUCAAAAUAUUGAUCUUAUGUCUAUAAGUGGACAUAAGUUAUAUGGACCAAAAGGUAUCGGAGCUUUGUUUGUUCGGCGUAAGCCAAGAGUACGUUUAGAACCUAUUCAGAGUGGUGGUGGUCAAGAACGAGGUUUAAGGAGUGGAACGGUUCCAACACCAAUAGUUGUAGGAUUUGGCGAAGCAUGUAGGAUAGCUAAACAAGAAAUGGAGUAUGAUCAUGCUUGGAUGAUAAAACUUUCAAAUUUACUCUUUGAAAAAAUUACCAAGAAUCUCCCAGAAGUUAUUCGCAAUGGUGAUGAUGUUCAUACUUAUCCAGGUUGUUUAAAUUUAUCGUUUGCAUUUGUUGAGGGAGAAUCCCUUCUUAUGGCUCUCAAAGAUAUUGCUUUAUCAAGUGGUAGUGCAUGUACAUCUGCAUCUUUGGAGCCUUCAUAUGUAUUACGUGCUAUUGGAGCUGAUGAAGACUUGGCACAUUCUUCCAUUAGAUUUGGUUUUGGUCGUUUUACAACUGUGGAUGAAGUUGAAUAUACCGCUGMAAAAUGUAUAAAGCAUGUUCAACGACUACGAGAAAUGAGUCCAUUAUGGGAAAUGCAUCAAGAAGGAAUUGACAUCAAAUCUAUCAAGUGGUCUCAACAUUAAAGUUCAACUAAUCACAUCUCAUUAGUGAUUUUGGAUUAAGUCCAUGUUGUCCAUUUCGGUAUCACUCAAUAGUCGUAAUUGUUUGCAAAAUUUUGUAGCAAUCUUACGACGUACAAAAUCAGCUUCUAUU